AUGGGCCCUGUCCUUCUUAGUCCCCUUCUCUGCUUAAUCAGCAUAGCAGCAGCUGAUAUUUUUGAGUACCAGGCUGAAUCCCAGCCUCUACGUCCAUGUGAGCUUCAGAGGGAAAAGGCUUUUCUGGAAGGAGAAGAUCAUGUUCCCCAGUGCUCAGAAGAUGGCCAGUUCCGGACUGUGCAAUGCAGUAAGAACAACCUUUCCUGCUGGUGUGUAGAUGACAAGGGAGCUGAAGUACCAGGCAGUAAACAGAGUGGAGUUCCCAUAUCCUGUCUAUCCUUUUGUCAGCUGCAAAAGCAGCAGGUCUUGGUAAGUCGCUACAUCAACAGCAGCACCAUCUCCUACAUCCCACAGUGCUUGGAUUCGGGGGAGUUUGCUCCAGUGCAGUGUGACAUGGGCCUGGGACAAUGCUGGUGUGUGGACUCAGAAGGGAUGGAGAUUUAUGGCACCAGGCAGACAGGGACGCCAACCCAAUGUCCAGGGAGCUGUGAGAUCCGAGACCGCCGUAUUCUGCAUGGAGUUGGGGACAGGAGUCCACCACAGUGUUCAGCAGAUGGAGAAUUUUUGCCUGUUCAGUGCAAAUUUGUCAACAUGACCAACAUGAUGGUCUUUGAUCUUGUUCACAGUUAUAACAGGUUCCCAGAAGCAUUCCAGACAUUCAGCUCCUUCAGAAGCAUGUUCCCAGAGGUCUCUGGGUACUGUUACUGUGCUGACAGCCUAGGGAGGGAAUUAGCAGAAACUGGGUUGGAACUGUUGCUUGAAGAAGUUUACGACACAAUUUUCUCUGCACUGGAGCCUGCCCGCACCUUCACUGAGACCAGCGUGUAUCGGAUUCUUCAGAGGAGGUUUCUGGGGGUGCAGCUGGCUGCCUCGGGCAGGUUUCGCUGCCCCUCUAAAUGUGAGGUUGAGAGGUCAACAGCUGUUCGCUUUGGGCACACGUACAGGCCGUCUUGUGAUGAUCAUGGAGACUAUAACCCACUGCAGUGCCAGCAGGAUGGGCAGUGCUGGUGUGUGGGCAACAAGGGGCAGGAGUUUCAGGGAACAAGAAGGCAAGGGCAGCUUCCAGUUUGUGGUGAAGAACAAACAUGCAUCUCGGAGAGACGGCAGGCUCUCUCCAAGCUUUUUUAUGGACCUGUUGGACACUUCAGCCAGCAUAGUUUAUUCAACACCCAAGAAAUGAAGGCAGAGGAAAUAGGCAUAUUCUCGAAGUCUUGCCCUCCUUCCUUCAAAGAGUUGUUUGUGGAUUCUGGAUUGGUGUCUCCUCUUACAGAAAGGCCAGGUCUCAAUCAGCUGCUUGAGCUUGAAUCAGUCCUGAGUGAAGCUGUCAGAGGCAUGUUUCCAUCCAGGGAGUUGGCUCGAGUUGCUCUUCAGUUCGCCUCUAAUCCCAAGCGCUUCCAAGAAAAUCUCUUUGGAGGAAAAUUCUUGAAGAACCUGAUUCAGUUUAACUUUACAGGAGCUCUCGGCACUAGAGGGAAAUUCAACAUUGGCCAGUUUUCCCAGCAAGGAGGAAUGGAUAGUGGAGAGAGCUUUGAAAAAUUAGCAAAGGAGACUUCACUGGAAACAUCAGAGGAGAGCUUCAUUGCGAGUAAACCUCUUGUGGACACUUUUGCCCGCACCAUUAGUUUGCAAGACAAUCAGAAUGCAAUUAAAUUUCUUGCUUCCGUGCUGGAACUUCCAGAGUUUUUUACCUUUUUACAACAUGUUAUUUCUGUCCCAGACGACAUCUCUGAAGAUUUAGGGGAAGUUGUGAAAAUAGUUUUGAGGUCCAAAGACUGUACUGAGGAGUCCAGCAAUUUGUUUGUUCCAACAUGCACUAAGGAAGGGAGAUAUGAGGAAAUCCAGUGCUAUGCAGCUGAGUGCUGGUGUGUGGACUCACAAGGAAGGGAGGUCCCAGGCUCAAGAGUUCAAGGCAAACGUCCGAGGUGUGCCACUACAUGUGAGAAGCAAAGAAGUCAUCUGCAAAGCUUGAAGCAAAGCGAGCCAGCAGGGUCUGAUCCAUUUAUUCCCGCUUGUACUGAGGAAGGAGAUUUUCUACCAGUCCAGUGUCAUGGACCAGAUUGCUUUUGUGUUGAUUUGGAUGGCAGGACUAUUCCAGGAACAAAAAGAAAAUCUGGAAAGCCCAUGCAGUGCCCAAGCCCUUGCCAGUUAACAGCUGGUCAGGUUUUCCUAGAGACAGUACAACUGCUGUUGUCAGAUGCAAGUGCCCUCUCCCAGAUUUCCAGAGUUUACAUCCCCCAGUGCAGCACUGGUGGUAACUGGAGACCGGUGCAGUGCAAUGGCCCUCCCGAGCAAGCCUUUGAAUGGUACCAGAGAUGGAUCAGUGAGAACAAUGAAGGCAAAACUCUGCCUGUUACUGACCUUUUCAACAUACUAACUGAAUAUAAAGAAACAUCUUCCCAACGCUUUGCAGCCUUUGUUAAGAAUCUGUAUGAGGCUGGCCACCAAAAUAUCUUCCCAGCAUUCACCAAGUAUCCUUUCUUUGAUGCUCUUCCUGCUGAAGUCCUGGAUGGCAAUAUAAUAACUGAAUCAGAGAACAUUUUGUUGGACCCAUACACAUUUUGGCAGCUUCUGCAGGGUCAGCUGAACUACUACCCAGGGUCCUACACUGAUUUCAGUGCCCUUUUAGGCCACUUUGAUCUUCGCAAUUGUUGGUGUGUGGAUAACAAAGGAGAAGAGCUGCAGGGAACAAAGACUGAGGUGAACAAAGUGCCAACAUGCCCUGGUGCAUGUGAAAGCAUGAAAAAGGAAGCAAUGCAGCUUAUUGAUGAAGCAGAGCAACUCAUUGUAGCUUCAGAUGAUUCCCACUUCCCGUUUGGAGAGAGCUUUUUAAUGGCAAAAGGAAUACAGCUGAUGGACCAGGACCUCCUUCAUUUUACUCAAUCCUUUCAGUCAGGGACCACGUUCUCUGAAAAAUUAUUGACUGGCAGUGAUUAUGCAAUACGACUGGCUGCACAAUCAACCCUGCAUUUCUACUGGAGGAAUCGUUUCAGUUCAAGAAGUUCUGCUGGAGAAGCCAUGCUCUUGGGAUUUCAUCCUUACGUUCCCCAGUGUGAUGGACUGGGGAACUGGGAACCAGUCCAAUGCUAUGAGAGUACUGGUCACUGCUGGUGUGUGGACGAGCAGGGACGUUAUGUCAUGGAUUCUCUGCGUGUACGCUCAGCACAACUCCCAAAAUGCCAGACAUCAUGUCAGCGGUCUCGAGCCAAUGCUUUAAUUUCCAGCUGGAAGCAGAGUGGAGCACCAUUCAACACUGCUCCUGCAGACCUGUUCAUCCCCUCAUGUCUAGAGACUGGUGAAUACACCAUGGUGCAGAAAUUGGACUCAGAUGUGCAGUGUGUGGAUCCCAUGUCAGGCGAAGUGCUUCAGCACAGUAGCCAGGAUUCAGAUGACAAACCCCAGUGUCCUGCUCUCUGUAGCAUGCUGAAGCCAAAAACGAGUUCACGGGAAAUCGGCAAAGGGUACAUCCCUCAGUGUGAGGGGAACAAUGGGAGCUUCUCACCAGUGCAAUGCAGCCAGGAUGAGGAAAGCUGUUGGUGUGUCUUUGAGAGUGGAGAAGAAGUGCCUGGAUCACGAGUAAGCGGAGAAAGGCCUGCGUGUGAAAGUCCUCAGUGUGUCCUGCCAUUCGAUGUCUCGCGUGUGGUCAAUGGAGUGAUUUUCUGUGAGACCAUCUCGGAUCAAAAUCGGAAAUCCCAGCAGUGCCAACUGGUUUGUCGUCACGGCUUCCAAAGUGCCUUUUCCAGCAAGAAGUUCAUGUGUGACGUGGAAAGUCAGCGCUGGAUUUCAGAUCCCCCCCUCUCUCAAACCUGUCAGAAGCUCCAGUUGUUUCAAACAGUCCAGGCUCAAACACAGUUCCAGCUACUGCUGCCUUCUGGGAAGGCCUGCAGUUCUGACUACUCUGGAUUACUACAGGCGUUCCAGAUCUUUAUAUUAGAUGAACUGAAAGCCCGUGGAUUCUGUCAUAUUCAGGUAAAUGCAUUUGGAAAUAGUAGGCCAGUGUCUGUGUGUGAUGAUUCUACUGUGCUGGUGAACUGUUUAACCGUGGACCGCUUAGGGGUGAAUAUCACUUGGAAAGCUCAGCUUGAAGACAUCCCAGCAGCUUCUCUCCCUGAUUUACAUGACAUUGAAAACACAAUUGUUGGUGACAACCUCAUUGGGCGAUUUGUAAAACUGAUCGAGAGUGGCGGCUUUCUUCUACAUUUGGACUCCAAGCAAUUCCCAGCAGCUACUUCCAUUAGUUUCCUCCGAGAUGAAGAUUUUGACCUAUCUCCCAAUGUCCAGCUUGGCUGCAGGAGUGGAUUCCGAAGAAGUUCAUCACCUGGGACCGCAAUCUCAAAUUCCCAAGGAUGUGUUGUCUGUCCUCCAGGAAGCUUCUUCCAGAAUGGCGAAUGCACUCCGUGUCCUCACGGGUUCUAUCAGUCGCAGACUGGAAGUCCCUCCUGCAUCAAGUGUCCCUCAGGCAAAACUACCGUCUCCACUGGCGCUUUCACAGCUGAUCACUGCAUCACAGACUGUCAGCGGAAAGGGCAGAGUUUACAGUGUGAUGAAGAGGGCCAGUAUAGACCUUCCCAGCAAGAUCCCAUCACUAAGAAAUCAUUCUGUGUUGACAAUCUUGGAAUGACAAUGGGCUGGACAGAAACAGAUGACCUGCUUACAGAUUCUCAAUGCCUAGUGCUCAGAAAGUUUGAGAGAGUCCCUACAUCCAAAAUUAUCUACAGCACGGACAAUGCUGAGGUUUUUCGAUCUGAAACAGACCAAGAAGACCUUCAGAGUCCUUUCUGGCAGUGUAUUUCAGAUUGUGUGAAAGACGAAUCAUGCGGUUUUGUCACAGUAUCUACUACAGGCUCUAAAGUGCUGUGUGAACUAUACAGAGCUGUUGAAACCAAUUUCAACUGUACAACAUCUGGACUGAUACAAGGUGCUUUGGGAAACUCUGCUGCUUUUAAUAUUGCUCAUCUUAGCUGCCUACUUAAAGUGAGAAACCAGGAGAAGGAUGAAGUAACUAUAUACCUGAAGAAAGGACAAGAAUUCACCACAUCCGGCCUCAAGACCUUUGAGAUGACUGAUUUUCAGAAUGUAUUUUCAGGCAUAUACAGCUCUAUGGUUCUCUCGGCAGCUAGUACAUCUUUGACGGAUGUUCAUCUCCUUUGCCGUCAGGCCUGCAGCCAGGAUCCUUGCUGUGAUGGCUUCAUCCUGAGCCAGAUCACACUUCAUGGAGGUACUAUCCUAUGUGGACUGAUGAGCUACCCUGAUGUACUCAUCUGCAAUACAAAUGACUGGAGUCAAACCUCCAUACCUGGAACAGAUGAGAUAUGUAAAGGUGUGAACUAUAAUGAAAAAGGCAAGGAGUUUUCUUUCAGUCUGGGAGGACAAGUGUUCAUGGGAACUUCUGAGCUUCCAGAAGAGCCAGAAGGAUUCUUCACAAGUUUUCAACGGGUUUAUCUAUGGAGAGGUUCCAAUAUGAUUACCCGGAGGCCGUCCUCUGCAUGUGAUGCUGCUGUUCUCCAAACGCAGACUGGCCUAACGUUAUCAGAAUCUGCAGCAGAACUUUUCUCUGUCAUGGACAACAGCCUGAUACAAAUUGACCCUAGCCGUUCCCUCCCAUCCCAGGAAUACUGGCUCUUCAAGCACAAGUUUUCCUUAAAGCAGGCAACACGCUGGUGUCUCACUCGCUGUACACAAGAGGAUGCGUUCUGUCAGUUGGUGGAUCUUCAGCGCACCACAGGCACCUACUUCGUCUGCACCCUCUAUCCAGAGGCUCAGGUCUGUGAUAACUCCAUCAACAAAAUCCCUGACAGCUGCCAGACUGUAUUACCUCGGGAACCUCAGAUUGUACAUUACAAAAGAGUCACUCUAGGAGCAACUGUGAAGAACUUCUACACACGUUUGCCAUUCUGCAAAGUAACAGGAAUCACAGUAAGAAACAAGAUUGACCUGAGUGGGAAAGCCAUUUCCGAUGGGUUUUUUGAAUGUGAGCGUUGGUGUGAUGCUGACCCCUGUUGCUUGGGAUUUGGGCUUUUAAAUGGCUCACAGUCAACAGGUGGCAAAGUGUUGUGCUUGACACUGAAUGGUUUAGGAAUCCAGACCUGUGCUGAGGAAACGAGGAGUGCUUGGCAGGUUUCAGACUGCAGCUCUUCAGAUGCAGAAGCCAAUACAUACCCAUUUGGCUGGUAUCAGAAGCCUGGUAACCUGAAGAGAAACAAUUUUGAAAUGUCUUUGGACAUGUGGCAGCUCUUGGAUGCAUCUUCUGUACUCAUUGACUCAUCUAUCUUGAACUUUGAUGUCGUACAAGUCAGCAGAGAUGAUUCUGGUAACUUCACCACUGCCAGAGACAUUUGUCUGUCAGCCUGUUCAAAGAGCCAGUCCUGCAUAGUGGUUACCCUCGAAAUCCAGCUCUCCACAAUCCGAUGCAUUUUCUACCCUGAUACAAAAAUAUGCACACAUGGCCUGCAAGGUCACAGCUGUCGAAUUUUACUCAAAGAGCCAGCUACUUAUAUCUAUAGGAGACAAGAUUUGUUCCUGCCUAUCUCUGAGCCUGGCAUAACCUCUGUGAACAUCCCAUCCCAGGGGGUGUUGAUCGGUAGGUCCCAAGCAAUCCGCAUUGGUGCAGAGUGGAGAAGUGUCGAUCAGUUCCUUGGAAUCCCAUACGCCGCGCCACCAGUAGCAGAGAACCGGUUUCAUCCUCCAGUACCAUUUACUUGGCUGGAAUCCUGGAAUGCCACCAUGGCUCGAGCUGCUUGUUGGCAACCUGGGGAUGGAGCUGUUCAGGCAUCUACUGUCAGUGAAGAUUGCUUAUACCUGAAUGUGUUUGUCCCUGCCGACACUGUCAAAAACACAGCAGUACUGGUGUUUUUCCACAAUGGUGGGAGUGAUCACACCGAGAAAGGAAAUGCAGCUAUAGAUGGAUCAUACUUAGCUGCAGUCAGUGAUGUCAUCGUUGUCACUGCAAGUUACCGUGUCGGCAUUUUUGGGUUUCUUAGCACCGGUUCUCAGGUAGCAACUGGCAACUGGGGCCUUUUGGAUCAGGUGGCAGCUCUGAGAUGGGUGAAGAAGAACAUUGCUAGCUUUGGAGGUGAUCCACGUCACAUUUCAAUAGCGGCUGAUAGGAGCGGAGCAGACAUUACCAGCAUCCACCUAGUUGCAGGAUCUGUAGAGUCAAAUCUUUUUGAGAGAGCAGUGUUGAUGGGAGGCUCUGCUUUUUCUCCAGUGUCAGUGAUUAGUAAGAAGACAGCCCAAAACCAAGUGGUGGUCCUGGCUAAUGAAUUAGGAUGCCCUUCAUCCAGCAGCGAGAAAACCAUAACCUGCCUCCGUCAGCUGCCUGCCGGUGCGCUCAAUGAUGCUCAGACUAAGCUCUUGGCCAUCAGUGGGCCAUUUCAGUAUUGGGGUCCAGUGGUUGAUGGCAUCUACCUUCAGGAGCCUUUGGCUGCAGCCUUGCAGCGAACUCGACUUAAGAAGGUGGAUCUGCUAAUUGGAAGUGCUCAACAAGAUGGGCUAAUCAGCAGAGCGAAAGCAAUUAAGAAAUUUGAAGAAAGUCAAGGAAGAGUAAGCAGCAAAACAGCCUUUUACCAGGCCCUCCAGAAUUCCCUUGGGGGAGAGGACUCCAAUUCUUUUAUUGAGGAUGCAGCCACCUGGUACUAUUCCCUCCGACAUUCAUCUGAAGAUUAUGCAACGUUCUCUAGGGCUUUGGAAAAUGCCACGCGUGACCGUUUUAUUAACUGCCCCAUUAUAAGCAUGGCGAGUCACUGGGCUGAUAACUCUAGAGGGAAUGUGUUCAUGUACCACGUGCCGGAGAGCUCCUCAGAGAGCAGUUCAAGCCUGGAGCUCCUCCCCGAUGUGCAGUAUGGAUUUGGGCUGCCAUUUUACCCCCAGUAUGAAGGACAAUUUACUUUGGCAGAAAAAAGCCUUUCCUUAAAAAUAAUGGAGUAUAUAUCCAACUUUGUGAAAUCUGGAAACCCAAAUUACCCUCAUAGCUUCUCAAGUAAACUCACAAGGUCUGUGUCCAUAUGGCCAAUGUUCCUGCCACAUGCUAACGGCGAUAACUACAAGGAGUUCACUGGUUCCUUACUGAAUCGCAAAGGAUUGAAAAAAGCAGAAUGUUCCUUCUGGUCUGAUUAUAUUGAAACACUCAAAGAAUCUACAGGCAAGAGAGCUAAUGGACAGCAAUCUACUGAAAACAGCCUGAGUGAAGAAUCAAACGUAAGGUUUAAUUCUCAAGACUCACCCAGCCAAUCAGGGGAAGACAAAGUGGCUUAUAGCAAAUAGAAUAUCAUGCUGAAGUGUAGAUUGGUUCAUCUGUGCAACCGUGUCACACACAGAGGUACAGUUGCUUCCAUUAUUGUAACAUUUUUAGGAUCUUGAAUAAGCUACCAGCAGUCUUCAGAAAACUUCCUCAUUCAGUUUAACUUUGCAUCUGACUAAGUAAAAUACUGAGAAACAGUCGAGCAUAAUAAUAUAUCCUUUUAGACUAAAAUAGACUGUACUUUAUACUGUAAGGACAUUUCUCAAUAAA